CUAGAAAAAAAAAAAAAUAAUCCUUUUUCCUUAACUUAUAUCCAAACAUGUCUAAAUUACACUAUAUUAGAAAACAGGCAUUGGAAAACAGCAAACACAGUGAUUCCAGUGAAAAGGAGAAGAAGCAAAACACAAACUUCAAUUUAUUUUCCAAAAACCUGAAAAAAAUCCAUCCCCUUGGACUACCAAGAGCAUGCUCGACUCUUUCGUUAUCUUCUCUGUCUUUAUCUUUGUCGCAAAACUCGACCGACUCUUCAUUAACCGACAAUUCUACAUCGCUCGAUCAGAAAAUCUCGUUUGCCCUUCGUUUAAUAGCUCCCAUCAGGAAAAAAGAAGCCCUCACUAGCAAAAUCGUGGAGAAUUCUGUUUUGGAUAUUAGUCCUACUGAAGAAGGACCAAGAAGGUGCAACUGGAUUACCAAAAACAGUGAUAAAGUGUACGUACAAUUUCACGACGAAUGCUGGGGAGUUCCAGUUUAUGAUGACAAUCGGCUUUUUGAGCUGCUAGCUAUGUGUGGGAUGCUUAUGGAUUUCAACUGGACUGAAAUCAUCAAAAGGAGACAACUCCUCAGAGAGGCAUUUGCGGGUUUUGAUCCCAAGAUUGUGAGCAGAAUGGGUGAGAAAGAAAUAAGUGAUAUAUCCUCCAACAAAGAACUAAGUUUAGCAGAAAGCAGAGUGGGUGAGGAAUAUGGAUCAUUCAGCAAUUACAUGUGGGAAUAUGUGAGUUACAAACCAGUGAUCAACAAAUUCAAACAUCCAAGAAAUGUUCCAUUGAGGAGUUCAAAGGCAGAGGUGGUGAGCAAGGAUCUGGUGAGGCGCGGGUUCAGGUUUGUGGGGCCCGUCAUUGUGUACUCUUUCAUGCAGGCGGCUGGAAUGACCAUUGACCAUCUCGUUGACUGUUUCAGACAUGAAGUGUGUGUUAAUCUUGCUGAGAGGCCAUGGAGGCAUGUGUGAUAAUUAAACUAGCUAAAAGGAAAAAUGAUUUAUUAUGACUUUAGUUGGGUGUAUUUUGGUAAUUUACAAGCUAUGCAAUUGAGUGGGGUUACGUUAGACUCUAGAAGAAGUUUGAAUGGAUUGUUAAUUAUCUGUUUCUGUCAUUUUGCUUAUGUAUUUAAAGUUAAGAGAGGGGUGUGUCAAGUCAUUUUUUUUUUUUUCCUUUUGGAUUAUUGUAACCAUUGUUUCUCAAUAAAUAAUUAUAAUAUAUUUUUUUUUGGGCACAUAAA